CCUCCGGGUGGCGGGGCUGCUGCCUCGGGUGCGGUUGAGCACCCCGGCGGAGGCGGGAGCUUCCCUGCGGGUCUCGGAUGAGGAGCUGCUGCCUCCCCGAGGGCCACGUUCCGGUGCAGCGGUGUGAUGAUUUAAGGAUCACAGUACAACUAUGGAUAGUGAACCAAACCCUGGAACAUCUUCUGUGUCCACAACAACCAGUAGCACCACCACCACCACCAUCACCACUUCCUCCUCUCGAAUGCAGCAGCCACAGAUUUCUGUCUACAGUGGUUCAGACCGGCAUGCCGUACAGGUAAUUCAACAGGCAUUGCAUCGCCCCCCCAGCUCAGCUGCUCAGUACCUUCAGCAGAUGUAUGCGGCUCAGCAGCAGCACCUGAUGCUGCACACUGCCGCCCUUCAGCAGCAGCAUUUGAGCAGCUCCCAGCUCCAGAGCCUUGCUGCCGUUCAGGCCAGUUUGUCCAGUGGAAGACCAUCUACAUCCCCCACAGGAAGUGUCACACAACAGUCAAGUAUGUCCCAGACAUCUAUCAACCUCUCCACUUCUCCUACACCUGCACAGUUAAUAAGCCGUUCCCAAGCUUCCAGUUCUACCAGUGGCAGUAUUACCCAACAGACUAUGUUACUAGGGAGUACUUCUCCUACUCUAACGGCAAGCCAAGCUCAAAUGUAUCUCCGAGCCCAAAUGCUGAUUUUCACCCCCGCUACCACUGUGGCUGCUGUACAGUCUGACAUUCCUGUUGUCUCGUCGCCAUCAUCAUCUUCCUGUCAGUCUGCAGCUACUCAGGUUCAGAAUUUAACAUUACGCAGCCAGAAGUUGGGUGUAUUAUCUAGCUCACAGAAUGGUCCACCAAAAAGCAGUAGUCAAACUCAGUCAUUGACAAUUUGUCAUAACAAAACAACAGUGACCAGUUCUAAAGUCAGCCAACGAGAUCCAUCUCCAGAAAGUAAUAAGAAAGGAGAGAGUCCAAGUCUGGAAUCACGAAGCACAGCUGUCACCCGGACAUCAAGUAUUCACCAGUUAAUAGCACCAGCUUCAUAUUCUCCAAUUCAGCCUCAUUCUCUAAUAAAACAUCAACAGAUUCCUCUUCAUUCACCACCUCCCAAGGUUUCUCAUCAUCAGCUGAUAUUACAGCAGCAGCAACAGCAAAUCCAGCCAAUCACACUUCAAAAUUCAACUCAAGAUCCACCCCCAUCCCAGCACUGUAUACCACUGCAAAACCAUGGCCUUCCUCCAGCUCCCAGCAGUGCUCAGUCACAGCAUUGUUCACCAAUUCAGAGCCAUCCCCCUCCCUUAACAGUAUCUCCUAAUCAGUCACAGUCAGCACAGCAGUCUGUAGUGGUGUCUCCUCCACCACCUCAUUCACCAAGUCAGUCUCCUACUAUAAUUAUUCAUCCACAAGCACUUAUUCAGCCACACCCUCUUGUGUCAUCAGCUCUGCAGCCAGGGCCAAAUUUGCAGCAGUCCGCUGCUAAUCCGGUACAAUCUACAGCACAGCUAAAUCUUCCAUCCCAUCUUCCACUUUCAGCUUCCCCUGUUGUACACAUUGGCCCAGUUCAGCAGUCUGCCUUGGUGUCCCCAGGUCAGCAGAUUAUGUCUCCAACAUCACACCAGCAGUAUUCAACCCUACAGUCCUCUCCAAUCCCAAUUGCAACCCCUCCACACAUGUCAACAUCUCCUCCAGCUCAGAUUCCAUCACUGCCCUUACAGUCUAUGCAGUCUUUACAAGUGCAGCCUGAAAUUCUAUCUCAGGGCCAGGUUUUGGUGCAGAAUGCUUUGGUGUCCGAAGAGGAGCUUCCAGCUGCAGAAGCUUUGGUCCAGUUGCCAUUUCAGACUCUUCCUCCUCCACAGACUGUUGCGGUAAACCUACAAGUACAACCACAAGCACCUGUUGAUCCACCAGUGGGAAUGCAUUUGAACCAGUGUCAUCUGCACAAAGUUUUUUCUCUUAAGGUUUAUCAAGUAGAAGAUGUGUGUGAAGAGGAAAUGCCAGAGGAAUCUGAUGAGUGUGUCCGGAUGGACAGAACCCCACCACCUCCCACUUUGUCUCCAGCAGCUAUAACUGUGGGGAGAGGAGAGGAUCUGACUUCUGAACAUCCUUUGUUAGAGCAAGUAGAAUUACCUGCUGUGGCAUCAGUCAGUGCUUCAGUAAUUAAAUCUCCAUCAGAUCCUUCACAUGUUUCUAUUCCUCCACCUCCACUUUUACUUCCAGCUGCUACCACAAGGACUAAUAGCGCAUCUAUGCCUGGUAGCAUUCCCAGUGUUGAGAACAAGCCUCCACAGGCUAUUGUCAAACCGCAGAUCUUGACCCAUGUUAUUGAAGGGUUUGUAAUUCAGGAGGGAUUGGAGCCAUUUCCUGUGAGUCGUUCAUCUUUGCUGAUAGAACAGCCUGUUAAAAAAAGGCCUCUUUUGGAUAAUCAGGUGAUAAAUUCUGUGUGUGUUCAACCAGAGAUACAAAACAAUACAAAGCAUCCAGAUAAUUCAUCUGAUACAGAGAUGGAAGACAUGAUUGCUGAAGAGGCGUUAGAAGAAAUGGACAGUGAGUUGCUCAAGUGUGAAUUCUGUGGGAAAAUGGGAUAUGCUAAUGAAUUUUUACGGUCAAAACGAUUCUGCACCAUGUCAUGUGCCAAAAGGUACAAUGUUAGCUGUUCUAAAAAGUUUGCACUUAGUCGUUGGAAUCGAAAGCCUGAUAAUCAAAGUCUUGGGCACCGUGGCCGUCGUCCAAGUGGCCCUGAAGGGGCAGCAAGAGAACAUAUCCUUAGGCAGCUUCCAAUUACUUAUCCAUCUGCAGAAGAAGACUUGGCUACACAUGAAGAUUCUGUGCCAUCUGCUAUGACAACUCGUCUGCGUAGGCAGAGUGAGCGGGAAAGAGAACGUGAGCUUCGUGACGUAAGAAUUAGGAAAAUCCCUGAGAACAAUGACUUGCUGCCAGUUUCCCAGACAGAGCCUUCUAUAUGGACAGUUGAUGAUGUCUGGGCCUUCAUCCAUUCUUUGCCUGGCUGCCAGGAUAUUGCAGAUGAGUUCAGAGCGCAAGAGAUUGAUGGACAGGCCCUUCUUUUGCUAAAAGAAGACCAUCUCAUGAGUGCAAUGAAUAUCAAGUUAGGCCCUGCUCUAAAGAUCUGUGCACGCAUCAACUCUCUGAAGGAGUCUUAACAGGACCAUGGGCCUUUGGCGUAGUACCAGUUUUACCCUUCUUAAACUCGUAAGGUAAAGGCCUAAUCUGGCCUAAAAUGUUAUACUUUUUAUGGUGGAUGGCCAAGCACAUUGAGAUCUCUGCAUCAAAUGCUGACAUUUCUUCUGCAGAUAAAAUCAUUGUACAUUUUCAUAAUUAGCCAGCAUUGGUAAAUUAAUUUUACAGCUUAUGUGCAGCAUUGAAAGACUUAUUAUAGAGGGCCACGGUAUUUUUCAAAGAAACAUAUUAUACUAGAUAAUUUUUUUAAAGUGAUUUUAUCAUUAAUAUAAAGAAUCCUUUUAAAUGUAAUUUAAUGAUUUACAUUUCUUUUGUUUUCUUACACAUUUUUGUACCCUAUUAAUUUUCUACAAGUUUUCAUAGAGAUAAUAAUUUAGGGGUCCAGUAACAGAAUCAUCUAUAAUGAAAUACCAGUUUAAAUUUAAAAUGUCUUUUAGACCCAUACUUUGUCUCUUAGAAAAUAUUGUAUGGUGGCAUGAAUAAUACUGAUCUGGAGAUCAAGAGUUAGUUUCUAUUCCAGACUUAGGAAUUUGGCUUGAGUGACAAUAUUAACUUUCCUCUCAGUUUUCCUAAUUUAGAGCAGUGAUUCUUAAUGGAAGAGUUUUGCUCUCCAGAGGACAUUUGGAAAUGUCUGGAAAUAUUUUGGUUGUCACAGCUUGAUAUUGCUCCUGCUGUCUAGUCAGAGGAGACCAGAGACAUUCUUACAUUGUACAGGACAGCCCUCCAUUGUAAGGAACUCUCUGGCCCAAAUGCCAGCAGUGCCAAGGUUGAGAAAUUCUGAUAAGGAAGAGAAUGGAAAUACUCUUUUCCACCUAAAGGGAGAUGUAAAAAAGAUCGGGCAUAAUAAGGAAUACAUAUACAAUGGGAGUAUUAUUCAGAAAGUAUUAAUGUUCUGAAGUAUUUUUCCAAGUUCAUUAUGUAUUAAAGGAGAGAAGACAUAAAAUGGGCCUAGCUUAGAAGUAAUUUGACCCUCUGGACUGAUUCAUAUUAUCUUUCAUAUCUCUGUGCCUCUGCAGUGAUGAAGGCAUAAUUCAGUUGUCCUGAUGACCCAUUGCAUCUUUUCUGGCAAGAAAAGUUUGCAGUGGAUGUGUGAUUACUCUUUGGAUUUUUUUCUAAUAUCAAACAUGCCGAGUCUAACUAGAAUGCACAUUCCUUUUUCCUUUACUAAAUCUUUGCAUGCUUCCUGCAAAAGCACUUACUGAGUGAUUUGUCUUGAAUGAGCAGAUCUAAUUUAAAAAUUAUUUUACUUUACUGAACAGUUUUCUAUAGAAUUGUGACACUAAAAAUUGUGGGAGUACUGAGAGCUUUAUAGUUCUGGACAUCAAAGUUUUUGAGAAGAUUAUGGAAGUUUUGUUUGAAUCAUUGCUUGUAUCUUUCCACAAUUGAAAUAUUUUAAUAAUUGAAGGAACACACCCUGAUAUUCAGCCACAGAAUUCAGUAAGUGAACAUAAAAGAAGCCUAUGAGUUUUAGUCAUUUUCACUGCUCUUUUCCAAAAGAUUUUGUUGAGCUAGUAGAAAAUCAAAGAUGUCACUAGAGACAUCACAGAUAUUUAUCUUUUGGCUUUGUGUACAUUAGAAAAUGUUGAUUAUUUUUAUACGAAAAUACAGCGGGUAAUUUUUUUAAUCUUUAGAUGCCUCUUGUUUGAAUGUACACUUUGUGGGAUUCCUUGUGUAGUGAUGUUUAAAAAAUGAUGUUUAUUGAUAGUCAUGUGUAGGAUUAGCAUAUGUAAUGUAAUAUAAGGCUCAUGUUCCAGACCCACAAUAGCUUGUAGUCCAUGUUAUAUAUUUCUUUGUAUCACAUUUUUAAUUACUGGGUUAAAAUUUCAAGGAAAGGUAGUACUCUAUAAUUAGUUUUCAUUUAUUAGUAAUCAUGAUGGAAUUGCAAUUUCAGAACAUAUGAGUAAGCAGUAGUAAGAGAUUGCCCACUGGAUAUGAAGGAGGGAGGCACAAAGGAAAAUCUCCCCUGGUAUUAAAACUUUAUUAUAGGUAAAACUGAUUAUUCAGGGAUCGACUCCCCAAGCAAUAAUGCUUAUCUCUCUUUACUAUUUUAUUGAUAGCCUUUCAGCUGUGAACUCUGAAUUGUAUUUCAAGUUUUCCUUUUAUUUACUUCCUGUACUAAUCUUUUUCUGUAGUUAAGCCCCUGUGCCAAGCACUGUGUUUAGCAUUUAGAAGACUCUUACAAAAGGGAUUUCUAUUGCAGAAUACCGUAUAGUCCAAAAUCUUAAAAAUAGUCUGAUCAUCUAUUGUCCCCACUGAUAACAUAUUCAGAAAAUACACUUGUUUUCAAGAUAGUUGUUUUAUUUAGAAGUGGCUCAUUUACUGUCCACUGGUAGUUCUACCACUGAUGUACCUAUAUUUAUCCAGAUGAUAUAAUCAUCUUAAUUUCAAAGCUUCAGUUACAUUAAUGGAGAUAUAUAUAUAUAUCACAGGCUAUCCACCUCUUUUGAGCUUUGAGCCAAUUCAGUAUGAUACAGGUAGGGAGAGUGCUAUUAUUUCAUUUCCUUUUGCAUUAUUAAGUGUUUUAGGACUAGGAAAAAAAUAACAAGCAGAUAGGAAACAUGGGAGACUUUUCCUAUUUUGCUACCUAUAUUUGCAUUUUCUAACUUUAAACUGUUGCACUCCUUUUCCCAUUUGGGAGAAAAUCAUAGUUUUUAUUUGUUUUAAGCUUUGUAUUCCUAGGAAAGUAAACACACUGAGAGCUUGUUUGUAAAAUUAUUUUUGUAUUACCUUGCUGUUCAUCAAUCCUUGCAUAGAAAUGUGUAAGACACAGCUAUGGCAGCUUGAUAUAAUCAUUAUAGCAUGAGACAGACUGCUGUCCCCAAACCUGUCGUCUUUUUAGUGACAUAUAACACUUCUAAGUUUGUUGUGCAAUCCUCUACACAGCAUGUUUUUUAGGUCUCCAUUACAGGGCUGCCAUAGGGGAGCAGAGAAGGUAGGACAUGAGGAAGCAAUGUUGGUAAUCAAGUCGGAGAAUGGGAUGAGUUAGACUGGCAGACCUGCCACUGUUGUUCAUGUAGCUCUCCUCCACACUGAGAAACUUUCUGCACUUUUGAUUUUAAUACUCACAUUUUACUUAGCUUAAAACAGAAAAUUUUGUGAUCCCAUUGUUUAUUUUUGCUUCCUGCUAUGUUGAAAUACUUAGAACUGUAUUAAACAAGUAUUAUUGUGACCAUGCUUUGAAUAAUUUUUGACAUAGUUUUUCUUCAUGUAUUAAAUGUAAAAUUAUAAAUCAGAUAUCUGUUCAGAAAUAUAAAUCUUGGAUUAUAAUUUGUCAUAGUGCCCCCUCUCUCACUGGUUUCUUCAGUUUUGUAUUUUAAAGUCUAGUGUUUACAUUUGCAGGAUUUUGGUUCCACUGUGGCCUAAGUAUGGUAGGGAGGCAGAAGAAUACUUAGUGUUAGGCCCUGUUCUCAUGGGUAUAAGCAAUUUUGGGAAGAGUAAACUAUUAUAGAUAUAUGUUAAUAAAGCUGACCUUAGAGCUCUGUCCAGUGGAUGAAAUCUCUGACUUAGAGACACUGCUAAGUCUUCAAAUAUAUAUAUUUGAAGAUAUAUAUUGUAACCAGCAUAGGCUGGCUCUGGUUUAAAGACUCACCCUUGGUGAAUGGUAGGAACACACACUGCCUACAUUGUACUGGGUGUUAACUAAUGGCAUUGUAGGGCCUCACCAUACUUCUUGCCCUAAAGUUGCUUUAAGCUCCCAGAACUCCAUGAAAACUUUUUUGGGGAGACAUUUACCUGAAAAAUCCUAGAUAAGAUUUUAUGAUGAGUUGAAUUUUAAGGAGGGAGGCAGCCUGGGCUGGGCACCCUUUUUAAUACUAUACCUAGCAGCCAUGUUUCAGUGAAAUCAUUGGGUAGUAGAAAGUGACCCAACUAUGCACACGUUUGUUCAGCCUGUUUCUUUUGUAGCACAUAUGUAACUAGCUGUGCCCUCUGAAAGGAUUUCUGGGAUGAAAAUUGAGAAUUGGAGGAGGAGACAAAUAGGAAAAUAACUGCUCUUGCUGGGGAGAUAGCUCAGCAGCAUACACACCUGCCUGGCAAGAACAAGGUCCUGAGUUUAAUCCCCAGUACCACAAAAAAAAAAAAAGUGGAAAAUAAAAAGUAUUCCAGACCUAAGAGGAUAGCACAGCAAUUAAGUGAAAUCAUCUAAUAUAUAUUUCAUCAGUAGUUCAAAAUAAUUAUACUUUGUUGAGUUCCCAUUAUGGUAAUGUACAAGUUUAGGAUCUUUCGUUUGGUGGUGCUGGGGAUUGAAUCCAUGAUCUUGUACUCGACUCCUGAACUACACCUCUGUCCCCUCUAAUUUGUCAAGAUUUGCCUGAAUAAAAUUUAUCAUUUACUCCCUUUGUACUGACUAUGACCUUAGGAGCAUAGAUAUUAAUAGUUCUCAUGACAUAUAAAUUAGUGAUGUUUUAAUUUUUUAAGAUGACAGCUAUCAUAAUUGGAGGAUAUUUGUCAAAAACUCAAAAGGCGUUUAUGACCAGAAUUAUAGAGGAGUUUCCACUUUCAGGUACCACAUUUGAACCAACUAUAUAGAUUUUUAUAAAGAAAAUCAUUUUAAAAGUGUUUUUUUAGGUUUUUAUCAGUCAAAGGAUUAAGUGACUAAAGUUACAGGGCUUCUCUUUACUAUUUCCAGUUUCAGUAAAUACAAGCUUACCUCCAUUUCUUAGGUGCAGUGCAGUAUGGAUCAUGACAUGAAUGGUGUAAUCUACAUUCAGCAGUACUGGUAUUUGUUAGUCUAGAGUAUUUAAUUUUAUGUCAAAGACUUCAAUUUAAAUAAACACAGAGACAGUAUUAGGAAGAGUUAAUAUACUGUCUAAAAUUUAAGCCUGUGAAGUUGAACAUCUUUAAAACAUUGGGGAGAUACUUUUUGUUAAAAAUUCAUAAAAUGUACCACUAUAGAGUUUCCUUCAUAGCAGUACAAUCCAUUUUUUCAAAAGAAAGUUUAUUAAAUUUCCAAAAGUUUUGCAUUUUUUAAACACCUAUUUAGAAUUAUACCAUGACAAAGAUGUGUGGUAAGGCACUGAUAUAAUUAUCAUCGUAUUCCAGAGGAAACUAUCUGGCAAGUCUGUGCCCUCCCUUCUCUGGACAGGUGCUCCCCAUUUUACUCCCUAUCCUACACUCACAACUCUAGUGUCGUGUGUAGAACCUUUGAGGGGAAGUGUUUGCCCACUUCCCCAAAUGUUUUGGUUUUUAUUUUUUCCCUUUUCCUAGCUUGCAAACUUUUCACCUUACUUAAAGCUGAUGGUUUUAAUCAUAAAAUGUACAAAGUAAAUGUUUGGCUAAAGGUAAAGCUUUGUUAGAAAAAAAUUUUGUCUUUCGAAAGUACUAUUGCUGUUAAUGAUAUUGAUGGUAUUCAGUUUGAAUCUACAGGAAGAAAAAGACAUUUAAAAGAAGUCUAGAAAUAAAUAUUAAUUUAGAAAAAAUUAGUAUAGUUUAAAACAUUUGUUAUUUUAGCAUGGUAUAGUUUUAAUUAAGUAUAAGACUGUAGUAUGUCCUUUCAUGCCACCCAGAUUAAACUCUAGUAAUCAUUUUAAGGAUAGUAGUAUAAUUUAAAAGCUAGACAGCAUGUAUUACUGCCUGUUAAAUACA